AUGAACGUUGACAUUUUCAAGGCCGAACCAAGCAUACGGUAUUACUUUGCCUCCGCUGUGCCCCUAAUGGCUCUUGUCCUAGGUCUUUGGUUCUUUUUCAAACACUCCUUGGCAAGUGAGCGACAAACGCCAUAUCAGAGAGGAAUAUAUGAGGACCUCUUCUUCAAAUUGGCUACUAGCUAUCCCAUGCUGUGGGCGAGGACUGGUCCGCGAGAAGGUAUUAAACCUCAAAGCAGACUCGACCGAUUAAAGUGGAGGCUCAUCACACUAUGGAAUGACCCUGAUAAGACGAUUAGGAAGACUCCAGGUGACGAUACUGCAUAUGACGAUCUUGGCACUGUGCAACGGCUCAAGCGUUUCCUGACUAGUCGCUGGACGAAGGAGUUGCAAAGCUUUGAGGACGUCAGCUCUUCUACAACGAUACUGGAGGCGGGCAUAUCAACCGAUGACAAUAGCAUUGUGGAAGCGAAAACAAACGCAGAUGCCUAUGGGCUCGAUUUGCAGAAGGUUUCUUCUGCGCCUGCAGCCACUGAGGAUGACAACAAACUAGGCGUGCCAUAUACGGCCAUGAGUCCAAUACAGCCGAGGAUGGCUCGCUACCGACGAGGUAGUUCACCGGGCAAGAGACCAAUGAGCCAAGGUAGUUCAGCCGCCGAUAGAAAUAGUGGUAUUAUGGUUGAGGAAGAGCCAGAGGACUGGCUGAAACAUUAUGAGCCUCCACCCCAUCGAAGGGCGACUUUCUACUGA